AUGAUUAAGAUGUUUCCAUUUCAACACGGCGAUGAGCUGGUCUUUGAGCCUCCUUCUGUUAUAAAACAAGAUCAAAUCCUGCCAGAUCUGACACCGAAUCAUACUUUACUUGGUAACUUAAAUACUAGGAAAAAGGGACAACAGAGAUCAUCAAUUAUUCAAGAAAAUGAGGGUGGAAGUACUUUUCCUGAAUCUGAUAUUAGGAAACUUAUACACAGAGAUGUUGAACGGCAGAGGAGACAAGGAAUGGCUGAUCUUUAUGCUUCUCUUCAAUCACUUGUUUCUCCUGAAUAUCUAAAGGGUAAGAAGUCGAUAUCAAAUCUUCUGCAGGAGGCUGUAAAUUACGUAACAGAUACUAAGAAGAAUAUCAAGAUACUAAGUUUGAAGAGAGACAAGCUAAAAAAGUUGUCUAAUACAAAUAACCUUAGUGCAGAUGUUGGAACUUCUUCCAGUUAUUUGCCAAAUUAUUUAGUCACAGUGAACCCCUGCCUGGAUGGCUUGGAAAUUUUAAUCAGCAGCAACUUCAAAGAGGAAGAAUUUCGCCUCUCCAAAGUACUGAAAGAACUACUUGGGAGAGGUUUUAAUGUUAUUAACUGUGUUACUACAAAAGCAAAUGAAAGGUCUCUCCAUAGAAUUCAAUGUCAGGCCAGCAAUCUCAAAUGCAAUGAUCUUUCCAGGAUUCAAGAAAGACUGAGUGACGUGAUUAACCUUUAG